AUGCUCGCCUUUGUUUCAGCUCAGAGCCCAAGUCAUUGGGACCUUCAGAGCCGGCCCGCGCAGAGAGCAACUCGCGCCGGCUCUCAGCUUGGCCCUGUGCCAAGAGAGACUCCAGCAACCGCCUACGGUGGCUAUCUCUCGCUUGCUCUGGCGGCCUUGGCGGUCCCCAGGCUGAGCAGAGGGCGGGCUCGAGGAAGCCGCGUCAUUCGGCUGGCGGAGGUUGAUCCUACCAGCUAUGUGCCGAUCUUGGUGGAGAUCGAGGGUGAUAAGGCAUACCAGAUCGAGGUCCGGCCGAGCGACACGGCAAAGAUUGUCAAAGCAGUCUUGAACUUGGAGCUGGGAAUCUCUGAGUACUUGAUGGAGGUGAGCUACGACGGAAAGCAGCUCGAUGAUGACCUGGCUACAAAGCUCACCUUGGAUGUGGAUCCGUCCGACGCUUAG